AUCAAGGUUUGUUUGUUUACCCGAUUUAGUAAAUACAAAUAAUAAUGCAUUAAUGCAAUAACUGGCCUGCAAUACAUAUUAUUAUUACAAUUUACAAUUUUAUUUCAAUAAAAAAUUCUACAGGUUGUAAAUUAAUCGGUUAAUUCAAUAAUAUCUUGAUUUACUUGAUUCCGAUAUUAUGCUGUGUUAUUAGCAGUAACAAAUAUAAUGUCAAAUUUGUGUAGAGAUGAUUUCGAUUCGGGUCCUAAGCAUGUAUUUUCUAUUGAAGAUGGUCUAUGGCUAGGAAACUUAACAGCUGCUAUUGAUUUAACAUUUUUACGAAGCAACGGAAUCAAUUAUAUAAUAACAGUGGAUUCUUGUCCACUGCCAGAAAUUAUAUUAGAUUUGAGAGAUAUUAAUGUUAAAUAUAUACAAGUUACCGAUAUGGACGGAGAAGAUCUUUUAAGCCACUUUGAUAGCGCAUAUGAAUUCAUAAAAAUAGGCCAAGAAAAAAGUUCUGUUCUGGUGCAUUGCUAUUACGGAAUAUCCAGAAGUGCAUCAAUUAUUACAGCUUAUAUUAUGAAAAAGUAUAAAAUUAGUUUUGAUGAUGCUUUUCAAAGAGUUAAAGAUAAAAAUGCUGCUGCAUUACCAAACAUUGGUUUUCAAGCACAACUCAAUUUGUAUGAAACUUUAGGAUGGAAAAUUGACAAAAACAAUAUGCAAUUUAAACUGUUCAGACUGAAAAUAGCUGCUAGAAAAGUAAAAAAAGUUAAAAUUUUACCUCAAGACUGUAUUGACGUAAUUAAGGGAGACCCAUCUUUAAUAUGUGCUAGACCCGAUCCUAAAGUUUAUCGAUGCCGUAAAUGCCGAAGGAUUUUAGCUUUACAAUCAAAUUUAUUACCACAUUAUAUCAAUGAAAAAUUGUCAUGGAAAGAUUCAAAAUUGUCUUCAGAUUAUUCAGGCUUUCAACUAUGUUCAGACACUAUCUUUGUUGAACCAAUGACUUGGAUGUCAGUAAGUCAAUCUGAAAGUGGAAAAAUUAAUUGUCCAAAAUGUCAAUCUAAACUUGGCUCAUAUAGUUGGACAAUGGGAUGUCAAUGUCAAUGUGGUGCCAAAGUAUCUCCAGCAUUUUAUUUUGUGCCAUCUAAAAUAGAUUAUAGUGGAUUUUUGCAAAAUGUUCAAGCAACAGUUUAAAAAUCUAUAAUCACGACAAUGAUAUUCUAAAUAAAUAUCAAGUGUUAUUUCCUUAUUAA